CAGAUUACGAUUACUAGGGAAAUACCGCAUGCCUCGUUUAUGUUGGUACUGCUUUUCUCCCCCGUAUAUCCGUUAACCAAGUUUCCGUCUUCUCUCGGCAAGCAACAUGCCACCUAAGAAGGAUUCAAAGUCCUCUUCAAAACAGCCUCAAAAGACCCAGAAGAAGAAGGAGGGGUCCGGAGGCGGUAAGGCUAAGAAGAAGAAGUGGUCAAAAGGAAAAGUACGUGAUAAGCUGAACAAUCAGGUGCUUUUCGAUAAGGCGACUUACGAAAAGUUGUACAAGGAAGUACCACAGUACAAGCUAAUCACACCGUCAGUAGUAUCGGAACGUUUGAAGGUUCGUGGAUCGUUGGCACGAAGAGCGUUGCAUGAAUUACAACAGAAAGGUUUGAUCAAACAAGUUGUCCAACAUCAUUCCCAAUUAAUUUACACAAGAACAACUAAAGGAGAUGAUCAAGCAGCAUAAGUUUUAAAUACCCAAUAAACUGUUGUAAUAUUUA